ACAGAGAUAGAGAGAGGGAAACCAAUAUGUGUAAAUGAGGGGUAUCAGGUAGAAAUGAAAACUUCUAAGUUAAAAGAAGGGCAAGGGGGUUGGUGUGGGUGAUGGAAAGCAGUGACUGCACUGCAUGCGCACACUAUUGUCAUUAUCGUUUAUAAAACUCCAAUCUGUAUUUCCUUUUCAAGACCAGCACAUAAGGAAAAAUAUCUAUAAUUCUUUUGGAGAAUAUAUAAUCCACUCAAGGCUGUGGCCUUUGGGGGGCUUUUAGUACUGAUGAGGCCGCUUGCUGGGAUGGAGCCGGGGAGAGGCCCAGGGGCUGUGUGGGGGUGGCUUCUCAUUCUCAUCGUCGGCUUAUGGGCAGUCGCCGAGGGGUUCCCGGAGAAGGAUCUGGUUGGGAGGCUUCCCGGCCAGCCGAAGGUCAGUUUCAGACAGUUUGCAGGUUAUGUCGAUGUCGACGUUGAUGCCGGGAGAAGCUUGUUUUACUACUUUGCUGAAGCUCAGCAAGAUCCACAUCUCAUGCCCCUCACUCUCUGGCUCAAUGGAGGUCCAGGUUGCUCCUCCGUUGGCGGGGGUGCCUUUACAGAGUUGGGUCCAUUUUAUCCUGAAGGUGAUGGUCGAGGCCUUCGAAGAAACUCCAUGUCCUGGAAUAAAGCCUCGAAUCUACUGUUUGUGGAGUCUCCUGCGGGGGUAGGAUGGUCAUACUCGAAUACAACUUCUGACUACACUUGUGGCGAUGCCUCCACUGCCAGGGACAUGCUUACCUUUAUGUUGAAAUGGUAUGACAAGUUUCCAGCUUUCAAAGAUAGGUCAUUUUUCCUUACAGGGGAAAGUUAUGCAGGCCAUUACAUCCCUCAACUAGCUGAUGCAAUACUGGACUACAACAUUCAGUCAAAGGGUUUCAAGUUCAAUAUGAAGGGAGUUGCAAUUGGGAACCCAUUACUUAAUCUGGACAGGGAUGCCCCAGCAACCUACGAAUUCUUUUGGUCUCACGGGAUGAUUUCGGAUGAAGUUGGGCUUGCAAUCAUGAGAGAUUGUGAUUUUGAUGAUUAUGUGUUGACAAACCCUCACAAUGUAAGCAAAUCGUGCGACGAAGCCAUGUCCGCAGCCAACAGCAUUGUGGGCGAGUACAUUAACAACUAUGAUGUUCUUUUGGAUGUCUGUUACCCCUCCAUUGUCCAGCAAGAGCUCAGAUUGAAGAAACUGGCAACUAAAAUAAGUAUGGGAGUUGAUGUUUGUAUGACCUAUGAAAGGCAUUUCUAUUUCAAUUUACCGGAAGUUCAAAAGGCUCUUCAUGCCAAUCGGACUAAUUUGCCCUAUGAAUGGUCCAUGUGCAGUGACAUAUUGAAUUACAAUUACGACGAUACAAACAUCAACAUGCUUCCCUUGCUGAAGAGAAUAGUCCAAAACCACAUCCCAGUUUGGAUCUUCAGUGGGGAUGAAGAUUCAGUGGUGCCACUGUUGGGGUCUAGGACGCUAGUCCGGGAGUUGGCUCAUGACCUUAAAUUGAAGGUCACAGUACCCUACGGAGCUUGGUUCCACAAGGGGCAGGUCGGCGGAUGGGCAAUCGAAUACGGCAAUAUUCUGACAUUUGCCACGGUCCGAGGGGCAUCCCAUAUGGUACCCUACGCCCAGCCCUCCAGAGCUCUCCAUUUGUUCUCUUCAUUUGUGAGAGGCAGGAGGCUCCCCAAUUCAACUCGCCCUUCUAUUCAUGAUUAACAACAAAAUCCAAAAGUCCAAACCCAAUUUCGUUGUGUUUGUUUUUAUAUAUGUUGCCUUGAUAUAAAUAACAUCAUAUUUAAAGAGUGGAAUGCAAGACUUUAUUAGAAUGGGGAAAACACACACCAUUCAUAUAUUUGCA